CUUCCCGAGCGCAUCAGCAGGAGGCGGAUUAUUCUGCAAUGACUACAGCAAGAUAUAGACCUACUUGGGACUUAGUCCUUGAUCCUCUUGUGUCAUGUAAGCUGUGCCUUGGGGAGUAUCCAGUGGAGCAGAUGACAACAAUAGGACAAUGCCAAUGCGUCUUCUGUACUCUGUGCCUGAAGCAGUAUGUGGAACUUUUGAUCAAGGAAGGUCUAGAAACGGCAAUUAGCUGCCCUGAUGCUUCCUGCCCGAAGCGAGGUCAUCUACAAGAAAAUGAAAUUGAGUGCAUGGUUGCAUCAGAAAUCAUGCAGAAGUACAAGAAACUACAGUUUGAAAGAGAAGUGCUUCUGGAUCCUUGUCGGACUUGGUGCCCAUCUUCUUCCUGCCAAGCAGUUUGUCAGCUGCAGGAAUCGGGACCUCAGAAUCCCCAGCUGGUACAGUGCAAAGCGUGUGACAUAGAAUUUUGCUCGGCGUGCAAAUCCAAUUGGCAUCCCGGACAAGGCUGUCAAGAGAAUAUGCCAGUCAGCUUCCUUCCAGGGGAGACAAGCUCUGUUUAUAAAAUGGAAGAAGAUGACGCUCCCAUCAAACGCUGCCCGAAAUGCAAAGUGUAUAUUGAACGGGAUGAAGGCUGUGCCCAAAUGAUGUGUAAAAACUGUAAACAUGCCUUUUGCUGGUAUUGUUUGGAAUCGCUUGAUGAUGACUUUCUUCUUAUACAUUAUGACAAAGGGCCGUGCCGAAACAAGCUAGGUCAUUCUAGGGCAUCAGUUAUUUGGCACAGAACACAGGUUGUUGGGAUCUUCGCAGGAUUUGGGCUGCUCUUGUUAGUGGCUUCUCCUUUCCUUUUACUUGCUACCCCGUUUGUUCUUUGCUGCAAGUGCAAGUGUAGUAAAGGAGAUGACGACCCUCUACCGACUUAGACCAAGUAAAAGUGGGACUGGCUCAUCAUCGCAGUACAUUUCCUCGCCCCUUUUUGCACUCAAUAUUGAUAUAGCCUUACUUUCCCUGAUCCCGACUUCAAGCAAGACCUGAGGUGCCACCAUUCCAGGAAUCACGGUUACCACAGUUUCUUACCCACAAAUGGGAUUGUGAAGAACAAGGCACCCUGGUGUGUUCAAGGCUGGCAUGAACCAAGUUGAAAAUCAGGAAUGGAGCAGUCAAUAACACGAGACAUUCCCUGUUCACCCAAUCGCUACGUUGGCAGGAAUGGAACUGAGACGUUAUACCAUCAAAACAAAGACCUUCACAUAUCUCUUGGCAUCAGAUUGGGGUGUCUUACUGCUAAAUAUGUGUGUUUUUAAGAAUAACUUACCAUUUUAAAUCAGAACGUUUCAGAUGUAACUUUAAAUACCUGUUUAUAAAGCUAAUUAAAAACUAGUUAAUAUUUGCCAUGGGCUAGAUCCAACAGUCAUGCGAGCAGACCAUAUGGA